CUCUCGCCACUUCCAAGGUAUUGAAAACGCCGGAUGAAAAGUCGUUGCCGACUGAAUUAAAAGGUUCUCAGAUCGUCCGACAUGUGGCACUCAGUGGACUUAAGACCCUGCUAUACAGUCGACAGAUCACAGUGCAGAUAUCAGUCAGAAUUAUCGACUUGACACUAAUGCAUCGCGGACAUAAAUGAUGAAGGCGCUUUGGCAAAUGGGAGCUUGUUCAGUUUAAAGGGGCAUGCACGCUAUGUUUAGCCGAGAGUUCUUAUAAAGGGUAGAGAUAAAAUGAAAGGAGAAGGUUAUCAAGAGAUGGAAGAGGCUAAAAAGAAUCUUUUGGAAGACCAUAAACAAUGUGACAUCAAUGAUCAACAUGAGGAGGACACGUCGUGGGAUAAAAGAACAUUUGCCUCGACAUUUGAGGCAUUUUGGAACACUUGCAACACAAUUCAAGGUCUACCAAUAUUGGUCAUACCUUACGCCGUUCGAAAUGGUGGCUACCUAGCCAUCUUUACUCUUCUACUAGUCGCGGCUGCUUCUAAUUACACUGGAAAAACCAUUGUUCGGUGCCUCUAUGAAACAGAUCCAAAGAGCGGUAAACGAAAAAGGGUCCGCGAUUCCUACGUAGAUAUUGGCGACGCUUUUCUGCCGAACUUGGGAGGAAAUCUCGUCCUUGUUACUCAGUUUGUAGAGUUGCUGUUUGUUGCUGGAGUUUAUCCUUUACUGGUUGGAAGAAUAUUGGCCAAAUCGUUUCCCCACGUUACUGUUCCUUGCUGGCUCUGGACACUCUUUGGCGGCAUACUUUUCUUUCCAAAUAUUUUUCUUAAAAACCUUUCUCAGGUGGCAUGGACCAGCAUCUUAACGGUGCUUUCUGCAAAAGUUAUUUUCUUCACCGUUGUUACGUACAGCGUAUUGCAUGUACAAAAGUGGGAGAUAAGCCAUUUGGAAAAUUUCGACGCCAGUACAUAUCCGUCAGCUUUAGGAGUCCUUGUAGCAAGUUAUCUGUCGCAGCCGUUUGUAUCACUCAUCGAAGGCAGCAUGCGCUACAAGGAAAAGUUCGACUCAGUGAUGAAUUUGUCCUACCUAGCUAUGACAUUACUCAAUGUCACUAUUGGAGUAGUCGCUUAUAACUUAUUUGAAGGAGAAACGGCCGAAGUUAUAACAAAUAACUUGCCAGAGGGCUCAUUCCGAGUAGCAGUGAAUGUGAUGGCGGCAGUACUGUCCAUCACUUCCUACACUCUGCCAAUGUUCACUAUAUUUGAGAUAAUUGAGAAUUCCUCAUUGUUUCUCUUGCCAGGGAGCUUUGGUAAAUCUAUCUUCACUCCGUCUGUCAUUGUAUUUCGUAUGUCAAUGGUAUGUAUGAGUGUGAUUUUUGCUGCUUCCUUUCCGUCCUACUCCUAUAUAUUAGCCCUGGUCGGCAGUAUCGCUGGUAUCAGCUUGGAGUUCAUAUUUCCACCUUUGUUUCAUAUGAAGAUAUACUUUCAGGACAUGACAUGGUGUAACAUUGUGGCUGACGGUGUUGUGGUUGUGGUUGGUGUAAUAGUGAUGGUCACGGGAACAAUAUCCUCUGUUUUCUCCUUGAUUAAAGUUUACAGUCAACCAGGUAAUGAUGAAUGUGCCUGAAGAGCCCACUCAUAGAUUGUACAAGUUUCCACGGUGUUUUUAUCGUUGAGUUGAAGGUAAAAAGAGAAAAUAACAUAAUAAAGAUAUAAAAUGGCUUAGUGUUGUUACGUGCUUUGAUUACUUUUAAACUGUUUAUCGGAUAUUCAGUCUGUUGAAUAUUUAUUUGGGGCAAAAUUAAAUGGAAUUCUCGGCGAAAAAAAGUUUACAACAAAACUUGUAGGUUUGUUCGAGUUUUUUAUUUUUCCCUGUGUAUGUCAUUUCAAAAACUUCCUUGUGACUCGCCAAAUUCACGUAAACCGAGGGAGUUAAAUCAGUCUUUUUCGGUUUCAAAG